GCCGAGUGACAGUCAGUGUUCAGUGUUAGUGCUAUUUCUGUCUGGAUACCACACCUCCCAGAAUGGAGGGGCGGGAGCUGAGGCGGAGUUAUACCCAGAUGGAGUUUCCUGUCACCAAAGGGCCUCGUAACAACUACCAUCAUCAGCAGGGGCAGAGAACGUCAUCAAACAAGAGGUAUCAGCAACAGGGACAAAAGAGCAAGUUUCCAACGCAAGAGAUCUACAGGCCGCCCAGCCAGAGAGAUCCACAAGACCCUUCAAGGUCUUCGAGGGCACUGAAUGUCCAUGCGAAGGAGUUUGCACCACUCGGCUCCAGCCUCCCUCUGCAGUCUAGCAAAUCGACUGGCAAUGUUCUGGUGGCGGUGAACAAUGAGAACAGGUUAGUUAAAUCUCAGAGGUCUGUUGGUUUUCCUCUUGGCCUGUCAAAGACGACCCACCACCAGUUUCACCAGCACAAAACGAACAAUAACUCGAACUCGAACCACAAACAGGAAAGUCCAGCAGCUGCUUCCAAUCAACAGAAGCCAAAUCAGCUUCAACGUUCGAAAUCGACCACUUCAGCUGUUCCGAAACCGAUCGAUCUUUCUAUUUUUGGCAAGAAAUCUUCCCUUGUGGAGAGUGUCUACCACUGUCCAGAGAAGAUGCCUUCAUCAGCCCUCCUUGAGCUUGCUAAGUUGAUAUCUUCUAAGGCGCAGGAGAAUAGGUCAUGGGCGGAUUCAUUAGCCUGGUUGUCAUUUUAUAUCAUAGAGAGAGAGAAGCAAAGAACAUUUUUAGAGAGCCUUCUCAACAUAUUGCAGUACACGGUUGAAAAAAAGUGUAAAGGAGGGACUGCUGGAGACGCGUUUUAUUUCUCUCUUAUGUCUUACCUGCAUGCUCUGUACUGCGAGAUGAAACCACAUCGGGCUGAUCUGGAUGUUGAUGGUUCAUCUCCUGCUUUGAUGCUUCUGGCUAUCCUCAUUGAAGUUUGCACUGACUUCCUCCGUCAACCGACAUUUACCAGUAGGAAAGAGGUGGAGUCUCUGUUCUUUGUGGUGACGACGACUGGUAGGGACAUGGAAGGAGAUUGCCCUAAGCAGAUGGAACAGUUGAUGGCUUGUGUUCGGGAUGCCUUCCUUAUGCAAGAGACAUCUGCUCAGAUCCGUAGAACCCUGCUUCAGUUAAUUGAGAUGCGUGCUGCUAGAUGGCAGUUGUCGGCAAGAGCUGUCCUUUAUUACCAAGGACUCAUGCCUAUUACUUAAACUAGUCCUGAAUAAUGUUGUUUAUCAACUUUUUU